GCGGAAGGGCCUGUAGUGCGUGCGUGUGGUGAGAGUAGGGUGGCCGGUGCUCCGGUGCCGCCCCGCCAUCACCACUGCCAUCACGACGCCUCCCCGCGUGCACAGUGGCUACCACCAAGUACCCUUGGUACCUCACGCCCUACAGCCUCUAUGAGCUAAGUAUGAGAGGGAGUGGCAAGCGCAAAGUCGGUCCGGAUAAUGAGGAUGGGGAGGAGGAAGGUGGAGGAGGUGGUGGCGGCGGCGGUGGAGGAGGCGGAGGAGGUGGAGGAGGGGGAGGAGGAGGCGGCGGAAGUGGAGGUGGUGGUGGAGGCGGAGGUGCCAGGAAGGAAAGGGACAUGGACCUGCCGCCGAUGCCCAAGAGGCCUUCCCUUGUCUCCAUCGACAGCGAGGACGAGAACAAGAUGGUGGAGGUGAAAACAGGCAUCUGCGGGCUCGAUCCUACUACAGGGAAGGGGAAGCAGAUCCACCUUAUCCAGAUGUUGCUGCUUCCCUUCGUUCCCAUCAUGGCACUCAUCAUCCAGAACUCUAUCAACAUGGUCAGCAUCCUCGAAUACCAACACGACAUGCAGGAAACCAUCGACCAGGUUCAGAUCAGCACGGGGCUUGGUAAUGUGACGGAGGCCCUGCAGUCUGAGAGGGCCGAGAUCGCCUUCUACCUCUUUACUAACGGUUCCAUCAUCCGCCGCAACCUGUCCGAGCACUUCGCCUAUACCAACUCCCUCAUCGAGAACCUCAAGUGGCCCGCCUUCAGGAUCGACGACCACCUCUUCCAGAAUAAGAUCUUGUUUCGCAUUCGCCUGGACGACUUCCGCGACAAGAUCACACGUUUCGACACUCCCAACAUCGAGGCGGGCAUUGCCUUCUACAACCGAGCCAACUACAUUUUCCUUGACCAGCUAACCCGGGAGAUCAAGGAGAAGGAUGCCUCGGGAGUGUGGCGGCCGCUGCUCGCCUACAAGAACAUGAUUCGCGCCAUCGAACACCUUGGCAUCUCAAUGGUGUUUGGCGAACAGUACUUCGGCCGCGGGGACCUCGACCAGAGCUCCUACAUCGCCUUUGUCACCAACGACGCCCUUGGUCAGGACUUUCUGAACGCGUCACAGAACUUCGCCUUCUGGAUAAGCACGCGAUAUAAGGCGCUGCAGAAGGACUACCCGUGGUACUCCAACAUCACCCGUCGCAGACUGGAGAUCCUGGGAAGGGAGAAAAUACAGCCGGACUUCGAGAAGGCUACCGAGUAUUUCUACGCCAUGCUGGGGUAUCUAGACGCCCUGCAGAAGAUCCAGUACGAGAUCAGAAAGACGAUCCAGCACACCAUCGUGAAGGAGAUGCUGGCGUCCAACAGCCACGUGGUGAUCGGCAUCGCGCUGCUCGCCGUGGUGCUCAUCAUCUCGCCCGUCAUCAUCAUCCUGGUGCGCAUGAUCACCAGGACGCUGCAGGCCUUCUCGGAGACGCUGCUACACAAAACUCAUGAGUUGAGGUUCGAGAAGAAAAGGUCGGACAAGCUGCUGUACCAGAUGCUGCCGAGUAGUGUGGCGCAGCAGCUCAGGAUACACAAGACAGUGCCGGCAGAGACCUUUUCCUCCAUCACCAUUUACUUCAGUGACAUCGUGGGCUUCUCUGAGAUGGCCUAUCAAAGCACGCCCAUGCAGGUGAUCUCCCUCAUGAACGUGCUGUACAAGAUGUUCGACUCUCGCAUCGACUGUUAUGACGUGUACAAGAUCGAGACCAUCGGGGACGCCUACAUGGUGGCCUCGGGACUUCACAUGAGGAAGAAAGGUAAGGACCACGCCGCCGAGAUUGCUGCCAUGGCCAUCGACCUUCUGCACGGGACUGAGAACUUCGUCAUCCCUCAUAUGCCCGGCGAGCGACUCAAGAUCCGCAUCGGCAUCCACACGGGACCCGCAGUGGCUGGCGUCAUCUGCACCAAGACACCGCGCUACUGCCUCUUCGGGGACUCAGUCAUCCUCGCCGCCAAGAUAGAGUCGUCAGGCCUGCCCUUCAAGAUCCACAUUUCCCAAGACACCAAGGACUGUUUGGAUCGCGUCGGCGGCUUCAUCGUCAAACUGAGAGGAGAACUUGAUGUAAAAGGACGAGGAGUAAUGGACACGUACUGGCUGACGGGGAAGCACGGUGUCCUGCCUGACCGCCGCCCAUGCUCGGGGAAAGAGGAGGACAUGGAGUUCAUGGCCGACAACGCCUACUCGGAAUCUGGCCGCCGCCCCAAGGAGGAGGCCAAGCACCAGUCCUCCUUCGCCAAGACCCUGGGGCUGUUCAGGGAGAUACUUGGAUGAGACACGGAGAAUGCUGUUAGGAAACCGUAUCACAGACUGUUCGUUUAUCGGUAGUUACCACGUCGGAACUGUGUGUUUCUUUUUUUUUUUUUUUGUUAUUGUUGUCAUUAUUAUUAUUAUUAUUAUUAUUAUUAUUAUUAUUAUUAUUAUUAUUAUUAUUAUUAUUAUUAUUACUGUUGUUGUUCUUGUUAUUAUGAUCAAUAUCUUUCAUUACUGUUAUUAUUAUUAUUGUAAUUUUUAUCAUUAUAAUUUUUAUUGCUAUUAUUAUUAUUAUUAUUAUUAUUAUUAUUAUUAUUAUUAUUAUUAUUAUUAUUACUAUCAUUGUUUUCUAUCGUGAAAUACGAACAGAUUUAAGUUUAUAGCAAAACAUCGUAUUCACACACAGUUUAACACGACGAGAAUUAGACAGAUAAACACAGGGCUGAUACGGUUUUCUUUCAUUCGGGGAGUACUAAUAAAAUGCACUUACAGAAAAAUCGUACUCAAAUGCAUUUUAAUUUGAGGAGCAGGAAGCAGACAGAAGAUCACAGGACUGUUAGGGCGAGAUUGUACGUACUAGUACAUUUUAAAAAGUCCUGGAAAUUGUAGUUGUAUGUAUCUAGUUUACACGUCAUGGCUACUCCUCCACGACCACCACCACUACCACCAUCUCCACCUCAUCAAUCAUCCCCUUCGCUCAUGCCAUCGUCAGCACCGCAGGCAGAUGUUGGCUCGCCCAGAGGCUGGCUUCCUGCGAGCCUCUCAUCCCAUCUCGUGUGCCGGUGGCUUCAUGGCAUCUACUCGCGACUCGUCUUUGCCUCAACUUCCACUCACAAGGACUCUUGCAUCCAAGGCCGUGUAAUUCAAUGGCCUUGCUCGCAUCUACGGAGGAGAUACGGACCUUAGCACAUAGGUGUGAUAGGAUGCUAAGGUCGGGUUUAUUUUGUUUCUAUGCAUCGUGUAUUUAUAGGAUUGUGUCAAAAUAGACGUUUCAUUUUUUUUUCUUUUUUUUUUCUAGGGGAAGGAAAGGAAUUAUACUUUCCUCUCCUCCCCCCUCUCCUUCACUAGAAUCUAUCACUGCGAAACAGACCCGUCCCUCCGUCUGAGUUCCCUCCUCGGCUUGGAGUCAAUUCGACUCGACACCCCGAGUUAGAGCUUCCACGAAAAUAGAACUAGAGCCACCCUAACCAACCCUUCCUUUCGGUACUAUUUCUUCAUAAGUCAAAGCCUGAAAUGUAAGUUAUUCUCAGCGGAAUGCCGCAAUCUCUGUAGCAAAUCUUUACUUAUAUUUUUCUCUUUCAUAUCCCUCUUUAGCAAGAGGCAAACUCCACUAGAACCUUUCUACUUCUCCAUCGUUUUCUGUGCAUACCGUAUCCCGCAACCUCUCUCUAUUAAGCCUAUACUCUAUCUUCCUCGUCCUCCUCCAUCGGCAAGAGGCUGAUGCAACAAAAAAUACCUCCACCGUUGUUUUCUAUGCAUGAUCCAUCACGCCUCCCUAAGCUGCUUUACGUGCGAUGCAGCUCCAUGUACUGAGAAAGACUUGGUCUGCAGCGGUAUUUUCGCUUUCCUUCCUUUUACAAAGUAGGUCUUGAUCCAUCUUUAAUAGCACAAGCAAGCAAGGCCACUCAUUUCAUUCUUCUCAACAUUUCAUUACCAAACAGCCGCGUUGGACAAGGCUUGAUAUGUUCUCUGUACUUAUUAUUCCCUAAUCAGCGUCCUCCUCCCUUGUGCGUAACCUUUGGACUUUAGACUAGACUACCUUCUGCCUCCCACUCUUCUUUACACCUCCACGCCCUUAGCUGGGGCGCUUUCACAUUUACCACUUUCACAUUCGUUCACAGUUUUGCUUUCUUGUUAAUGGAGUGGGCACGGCUGAUAUUUCCUCUCCUCAUUAUAUAUAAAUAUAUAUACAUUCUUUUCCGUGUGUGUGUGUGUGUGUGUGUGUGUGUGUGUGUGUGUGUGUGUGUGUGUGUGUGUGUGUGUGUGUGUGUGUGCGUGUGUGUGUUUGCUGCCGUUGACCCUCCUCCGCAUGUGUAAAUGUAAAUAUGUUAGGCUCAAGCUGACCCUCCCUCACUCGCCACCAUUACAUCGUCGUCACUGCAUCGCAACAUAUCACGCUGAGCUCAGGACGAAGACGUUAUUCCAGUGUCUUAGAAAUGAACUUCGCAAUAGGCUCAGUUCAGAAACUUUCACACUCGACUCUGUUUCCCUUGCGCUGUAAAAGGAUUGGAGAACAAGAAACCUAAGGUAUUAUGGUCGUGUUUGAAAAUUCUCUUCUCGUCUCAAUGUUUUUGCUAGACAUUUUCUGAUGCAAAAUGCUUGACAUUGCUAAGGAAAGGCAAGGGAUAUGGAUGGAUAGUGGUGUAGGAAAACGCAGACUACUAUUAACUCCACACAUUUCUCUCAUUUUCUGUCAUUAGGGAAAUGUUCGGAGAUUCACCUUCCGCAAUCUGUUACUCCCUCCACUGCAAACUAUUUGGGAAAUUCAGAGCGUUCAAGGAAAGGAUAUCGUCGUGAACGUUUCCCCCCCCCCUGCUUCUUGCAAACGAUCUCGGCAGCUGCUGUUCCGCACCCCCUUCAGGAGGUGCCGAGAACAAUUCAGUGGAAGAUUAUCCUUUCCGAGCCUCACGUGCCCGCACAACUGAGCGGCUGAAUGAGACUUUCCUGUUCUGAGAUGUGAAUUCCGUGCAGUGUUUAUAAAUAGUUACUCCUCGAAUAUGUAUUGAUUUCUAGUGCUUCUCCCUCGACACGGAUAGCUACUGCCGCAUUGUUAUGUCCUCCUCCUCCUCCUUCUCCUCUUCCUCCUCCUCCUCCUCUUCCUCCUCCCCAUCCUCCUCCUCCCCAUCCUCCUUCUCCUUGCUCUCCUCCUCCCUCUCCUCUUACGAAUAUUCAGCAAACCGGUAGUAGGAAGUCAGGCACCGUCAUGAUGAUGUAGAGAUUACCAGUCACACAAAAGCAGACGACCACCAGCAGACUCAGCACGUGUAGCUCACCUUAGUCAGCCGCAGCAGAUCCACUCGUGUAGAUAUAUACGUAUGGAAAGAGAAGAUGUGUUGCUGGUUCAAUAAAUGGGUGCACAUGAGUUAGAGUUACCUUUUAUUUUCCUGGUCCCCGCAACUUUGGGAGGGAGUGAGAGCGAGGAAGGGAAGGGAAGGGAAGGGAAAGGAAGGCCGUGUGUUGAAAUGGUUUGUAAGGAUGAUUGCACAGUGUGGGGAACA